CCAUUAUGACAGAAUAUGAACUUUGAGGACGUGGCCGUUGUCUUCUCUGAGGAGGAGUGGGGGCUCCUUGAUGAGGCUCAGAGACUUCUCUACUGCAAUGUGAUGCUGGAAGUGUUUGCACUCAUCUCAUCUGCAGGUUGUUGUCAUAAAACGGAUGAUGAAGAGGCCUGUUCUGAUCAAAGUGUAUCUGUAGAAGGAGCGUCACAGGUCAGGGCCUCUAAGACAGAGCCAGCAACCCAGAGGACCCAUGUGUGUAAGCGGUGUUUCUCUGUGUUCAAAGACAUUCUGCACCUGACUGAGUCACAGGCAGCAUACCUUGAGCAGAAAUCCUUCUGCAAUGACACACGUGUGAGAGACUUCUGUUUCAUUGCAGUCCCUCGCCAGCAUCAGAGGGAAGCCAGUGGAGAGAAGCCGUGGAAGGAAGCUGUGGACAGGGACUCGCCUGUGACCAGCUGCAGCUUCUACUUAUCAGUUCUGCCUUCAUCCAGGAGGGAGGUUGGGGAAGACUUGCCAGCCAUCUCAGAGCUUUUACAGAACCCGGCCCCUCUCAACACUGAAGAGCCACACAGUGGCAGUGAGAAUUCCCAGAAAAUUCCCAGUGGAAAAUGUCAUAACCAGUGGCGUCAAUGUAGAAAUGCUGCCAGCCACAACCAGAAAGUUGUUCAACAGAGCGUCUGCUCCGGAGAAGUGAAUUCUGAAUGUAACAAAUAUGGAAAUAUUUUUAGAGGAAACUCUAGACUCAUUCAACAUAGGAAAGUUAACACUGGAGAAAAGCCCUAUGUGUGUAGUGAUUGUGGGAAGUCAUUCAGGUAUGUCUCUGUUCUUAAUCAGCACCAGAGAGUUCACAGUGGGGAGAAGCCAUAUGAGUGUACUGAUUGUGGCAAGACUUUCAGUCAUAGGUACAACCUCCCAGAACACCAGAGAGUUCACACUGGAGAAAAACCUUAUGAGUGCCGUGAAUGUGGGAAAUCUUUUAGAUGCCAUAGUCACCUUUUUAAGCACAGGAGAAUUCACACCGGAGAAAAACCUUAUGAGUGUAGUGAAUGUGGGAAGUCCUUCAGAGAAAGGUGUACCCUUACGAAGCACCAGAGAGUUCACACUGGAGAAAAACCUUAUGAGUGCUGUGAAUGUGGGAAGUCCUUUAGACAAAGAUUUACCCUCACUGAACACCAGAGAGUUCACACUGAAGAAAAACCUUAUGAGUGUAGUGAAUGUGGGCAGUCCUUCAGACAAAGGCAUGCCCUCACUGAACACCAGAGAAUUCACACUGGAGAAAAACCUUAUAAGUGCUGUGAAUGUGGGAAGUCCUUUAGACAAAGAUUUACCCUCACUGAACACCAGAGAGUUCACACUGAAGAAAAACCGUAUGAGUGUAGUGAAUGUGGGCAGUCCUUCAGACAAAGGCAUGCCCUCACUGAACACCAGAGAAUUCACACUGGAGAAAAACCGUAUGAAUGCAGUGAAUGUGGGAAAUCUUUUCGAUGCCAUAGUACCCUUUUUACCCACAAGAGAGUUCAUACAGGAGAAAGACCUCAUGAGUGUAGUGAAUGUGGGAAAUCUUUUAGCCGAAAAUCACACUUGGGAUCUCACCAGAGAGUUCACAGUGGGGAGAAGCCAUAUGAGUGUACUGAUUGUGGCAAGACUUUCAGUCAUAGGUACAACCUCCCAGAACACCAGAGAGUUCACACUGGAGAAAAACCUUAUGAGUGCCGUGAAUGUGGGAAAUCUUUUAGAUGCCAUAGUCACCUUUUUAAGCACAGGAGAAUUCACACCGGAGAAAAACCUUAUGAGUGUAGUGAAUGUGGGAAGUCCUUCAGAGAAAGGUGUACCCUUACGAAGCACCAGAGAGUUCACACUGGAGAAAAACCUUAUGAGUGCUGUGAAUGUGGGAAGUCCUUUAGACGAAGGUGUAACCUCACCGAACACCAAAGAGUGCACAAUGGAGAAAAACCUUAUGAGUGUAGUGAAUGUGGGCAGUCCUUCAAACGAAGGCGUGCCCUCACUGAACACCAGAGAAUUCACACUGGAGAAAAACCUUAUGAAUGCAGUGAAUGUGGGAAAUCUUUUAGAUGCUAUAGUUCCCUUUUGAACCACAAGAGAGUUCACACAGGAGAAAGGCCUCAUGAGUGUAGUGAAUGUGGGCAGUCCUUCAGAGAAAGGUGUACCUUUACUAAGCACCAGAGAGUUCACACUGGAGAAAAACCUUAUGAGUGCAGUGAAUGUGGGAAGUCCUUUAGACAAAGGUGUACCCUCACCGAACACCAGAGAGUUCACACUGGAGAAAAACCUUAUGAAUGCAGUGAAUGUGGGAAAUCUUUUAGAUGCCAUGGUAACCUUUUUAAUCACAAGAGAGUUCAUACAGGAGAAAGACCUCAUGAGUGUAGUGAAUGUGGGAAAUCUUUUAGUCAAAAAUAUCACCUCCUCCAGCAUCACAGAGUUCACAUUGGAGAAAAGUCUUACGAGUGUAGUGAAUGUGGGAAUUCAUUCAGACAAAGCUCUGCUCUCAUUCAACACCAGCAAGUUCACACUGGAGAAAAACCAUAUGAAUGUAGUGAUUGUGGAAAGUCCUGACAAAGAUCUCACCUCAUUAAACACCACAGAGUUCACACUGGAGAAAAGCUGUCUGAGUCUAGUGAAUGUGGGAAGUCAUUCAGGAAAACCUCUAGUCUCAUUGAACAUCAGAGGGUUCACACUGGUGAAAACCCCUGUGUGUGUACUCAUUGUGGUAAGGCCUUCUGACAAAGAUUACACCUCAUUCAACACCUCAAAGUUCACACUAGAGAAAAGCCCUAUGAGAAAAUUAUGAAUAUUCCAAGCUCUCUUGCUGGGUCUUCAUUCCUUUCUCUCUGACCAGAGAAUUGACCUGAUGCAGGUUUUGUCCAGAGCACCCUCAGCUAAGUGCUACCUCUUUCAGGGACAUUGUAGGUCUCAUAUUGUUCUGUGAUGAAGUGUUUUAGGGUCCAGUUCAUCAACCUGCAAACCACUUGCUGUCCUCUGCUCUCGUUCAUGAUCUUUUUGUAAAGCUGUUUUUCCUUUAAUUUUGUUGGUUCUAUUCUCUCCCUGGGACGAUUGAAAGGAAAGAUGUGAUGUGUCAGCAUGGACAGGUGAACAGAUAUGGUGGGUCCCAAACUUUGUGUGUGUUGGAAGGCACAGCUUGAUGGCAGCAAAUCACUCUUUCUCCAAUAAUGGCUGAUUUUGUGUUGCCGACCAAGGCCUUGAGAGAGAGUUUGCAUGACUUUGUGGUUCUAAUUUGCUCUCUGGUGCCUCUUACAUUGUAGAGCCAGUGGUCGCCCUGAGCAGGCUGCCUUUAUUGUGCUCCUGUGAACAAUAUGAAGUAUAUUCUCUGUUCACAGUAUGUAUUACACAAGUGUCAGCAAUGUUUAGGGGAACUCUCUACGUGCUCCAAAGAGACCAUGCGACAUGAUGUGUGAGAUUUCAUAGGUUGGUGUCAUUUGUUGUAAGCCUCUGAGGUUUAAUUAUUAUUCGGACAUAGACACUGUUUUCAUAGUCAUAGCAGACACUGCAGUUAAAGUAGAUGAAAAGUGCCUCUUCUGGACAUAAGUCCACAUUAUUCCUGGGCCUGUGGCUUGUAUAAUGUUUGAUUACUUUGUGAGGACCUCCAUCACUAUUUCCUGCAGCUGGAGUCACUGGCAGAGAAGAUAAUCUAACCUCAUUCAACACCUCAGAGUUUCUUUGGAUUCUCCCGGUCCCUCUAGGGCAGCAGUUCUCAACCUGUGGGUCACUACCCUAUGGGUCGGGACCACUUUGGGGGUCAAACGACAAUCGGAAAACACAUAUAUAAUUACAUAUUGUUUUUGUGAUUAAUCACUAUGCUUUAAUUAUGUUGUUUGUAACAAUGAAAAUACAUCCUGCAUAUCAGAUAUUUACAUUACGAUUCAUAACAGUAGCAAAAUUAUAGUUAUGAAGUAGCAACGAAAAUAAUUUUAUGUUUGGGAGUCACCACAACAUGUAUUAAACUGUAUUAAAGGGUCGCGGCAUUAGGACAGUUGAGAACCACUGCUCUAGGGUGUUGACCUGAAGGUUGUUGCUCAACAGGCAAGAACUCAAAGCUUGAGGAAGGAUAAUGCUGUAGUCAGUCCCAGGAUGUGUCUUUUGUAACCAGUCAGCACUCCUCUUGAUUCCAGUGGCCAUAGUCUUCACUGCUUGAAAACAUUUGCUGCCACUGAGGCAAGGCUGUUCCCCCAGGAAAUGAGAACUGACAUGCAACAAAGUGCACCUUUCUCACAUGUGCUCUUUGGUGAGCCCUGACCUAGAGAUAAAGCUGUGAAACUGUCACAUGUGAUAUAAACUCACCUGUAACUCAUACACAGGGUGGGGCAACAAUAGGCUCAUAGUUGUAUGUUUGGAGAAAAACAGAAAUUAUUCUUUUAAAAAAUAUUUUAGAAAAUAAUUUUAUUCUUUUUUGGGGGGAGAGAGAGUAAGAGACUGAAGGGAAAGGUAAAUAUAGAUCUGUUGCCUCCUACACGCACCCUACUGGGGAUCCAUUGGGAGAUGUGCACUGACCUGGAAUCAAACCAGAGACCUUUCAGUGAAUGGGGUCACACCCACUCAACUGGUCGGGGCAGAGUUUAUUCCUGUAUUCCUAUUAUUAUUAUUAUAUUAAUUAAUGUAUCAUUUUCCAUACCAGCAACUCUAAACCUACUUUGUGCCACACCCUAUAUUUUCCUAAUACCCUGUUAUAAUCUCUCUUUCUGCCUUUCUCGGCCUUCUAUGCAUUCAUGGAUUUUCUUUUCUUUACAAUAGAAUAGUUCAUAUUGUUCAUACUUUUAUAGGCACUACUUGGUGUGUACUCUGUAACAAAUACUCGUUUCCACGUACAUAGUAACUUUCAACACAAAUGCUUAUGUGAAAAGAUAAUUUACUGAUUUCUGAGUAGUACUGUGUUCGGUGAAUAAUCAUUGUAUCUAUUGAUAUUUAUAUGUGUUUUGUUAUUUCCAGGUUUGGGGGUAUUAUAAAUAAA